AUGGCUGCACUACCCUUGACCCUCGCAGUCCCAGCGGCAGCAGCAUCGAUUGCCUACCUCCGAGCCAAAACCAGCUGGCCCAAUGACUACGACUUGCUCAAGGCCACCAUAGUCGGCGCGCUGUACGUCAGGAACUGCGUCAAGAACGACCGCGUCAACCUUUUCUACGAACUCGAAAGACACGCCCUCGAUCACAAGACACGCGACCGCUCUUUCCUCGCCGUUCCGCCGCACAUCCCCAAAGACGUCUCGGCUCCAGCAGAUUUGAAGGGCUUGCAGGCAACAGAGCUGAGCUACAAACAUGUCUACGAGACGGUGCUGAAGUUUGCCGCAUGGCUGAAGCAAGAGCAUGGUGUCAAGAAGGGGGAUAUGGUCGCCAUCAACUUUACCAACAAGCCUCAAUUCGUCUACCUGUGGUUUGCUCUCUUCUCGCUGGGUGCAAAGGCGGCAUUCAUCAACACAAAUCUGCGCGGAAAGGCCAUGCUGCAUUGCGUCAAGGCUUGCGAGGCUAGGCUGUUCAUUGUGGAUCCCGCCAUCCAAGAGGCAUUGACCGACGACGUCCAACAAGAGCUGGGAAACUCGGUAUCGCCAGUCGUGCUGGAUGAGAUCAUCGAGAGCAGGAUUCUUGCGGCGACGGGCUUGAGAGUGCCUGAUGCAGAGCGAGGAGGAGCCCAGAUGACAGACACGGCUGUGCUCAUCUUUACCUCUGGAACCACCGGCUUGCCCAAACCUGCUGUCGUCCCGUGGAAGAAGUUCCUGCUGUCUGGCAGGACCGUCAGCAACUGGCUCGGCAUCAAGUCCACAGAUCGAUACUACACCGUAAGUGCUUCUGCCUCUACUCUUGAAGCAAAGAAGACUGACAACCAUUCANNGGCAAUGCCUCUCUACCACAGUUCGGCAAGCAUCCUCAACGUCUCGGUCGCCCUGCACGCAGGCGCCACAACCAUCCUCUCCUACCACUUCUCGCCCAAGACCUUCUUCGCCUCGGCCACAGCUUCCAAAGCAACAAUGAUGCAGUACAUUGGCGAAAUGUGCCGAUACCUGCUCAGCACNACCCCUUCGCCCUUCGACCAAUCCCACACCAUCCGCAUGGCCUUUGGCAACGGCUUGCGUCCAGACGUAUGGCAAAAGUUCAAGGAACGCUUCAACAUCCUCGAGAUUGCCGAAUUCUACUCUGCCACUGAAGCCGUAGGCGGCAGUUUCAUCAAGAGCAAGAACAGUUUCGGUCUGGGAGCUGUGGGCAGAGCAGGAACAGCCAUACAAGCCCUCAUGGGCAGCCAAACCGCAAUCGUCAAACACGAUGUCGAGACCGGCGAGCCGUAUCGCAACACCUCAAACUUUUGCGAGAGGGUCGCUUCAGGAGAACCAGGCGAAUACAUCAACGCACUAGACCCCACCAAUAUCCGCGACAAAUACGUGGGCUACUAUGGCAAUCANAAAGCCUCCGACUCCAAGAUCCUGCGCGAUGUGUUCAAGAAGGGGGAUGCAUGGUAUCGGUCCGGCGACCUUUUACGCAAAGACCCCGAAGGCCGCCUCUUCUUCGUCGACAGAAUCGGCGACACAUACCGCUGGAAAUCAGAAAACGUCAGCACAAACGAAGUCGCCGAAGCUCUAUCUACAUCCCCUCACAUUGACGAAAUCAAUGUGUAUGGCGUUGCCUUGCCCAACCACGAUGGCCGUACCGGCUGCGCGGCUGUAAUGCUAAAGUCUCCACCUUCUACUCAAGUGCUCAAGGAGAUUGCAGCACAUGCGCGAGAAAAGAUGCCCAAAUUUGCGAUUCCGCUGUUCUUGAGGGUGGUGACGGCGUUUGAGGUUACGGGCACGGCAAAGUAUACUAAACAUGGGUUGAGAGAACAAGGAGUGGAUCCUGGUAAAGUUGGGGAGGAUGGGUUGUUUUGGUUGCCUGUGGGGGCUGAGGCAUAUGAGGAGUUUGGCAAGAAGGAUUGGGAUAAUGUUGUAGGUGGUGGUGUUAAGCUUUGA